AUGAUUACCUUAGCAGUUGCCGUUCUCACCUCUGCGCAUUUCGUAGCUGCACAACUCGAAAUCUGCCUUAAUGGAGGAACUGGCCCAUGUUUGAAUGGAGCUUGCCCAGUUCCAAAUCAAAGAUGUAUCAAUACUACCACCGGAGAGACUUGCUGCGAACUUAGUCAGAUCGCCUCAUCGACAACCACCGCAUUGACUACAAUCUCUUCAAACUCUACUUCUGCUGCUACUACUGCUGCACCCAUGAGUAGUACGAAUACCGCCAUUACUCCAACUACUAUCGGAGGAGUGCCAUGCAUUGACCGCGUCAAUCCUAAAACAGGAAAAUCUGAUUGUUCGAGCAUGGCGCAUCUUUGUGGCAACGGAAAAUACUACUUAGUCAUGCAUGAGCAAUGUCCACAAACAUGUGGACGUUGCGAUUCUAAUGGAAGAGUCAUCCCACCUCCCCCAGUAAUACCAGGAGAUUGCGCCGAUUUCUCGACAGAAGAAUGUCUUCGUCUGGCAACGUACUGUUACAAUCCCGUCUACAAAGAUCUUAUGAAACAACAAUGUCGUAAAUCCUGUGGAUAUUGCUACUAA